AUGGCGUCAGACCAGGAGCGCGAGCACGCCCUCGCCUCCUUCAAGCAGAAGCUCAUCGAGUCGCGGGAAUGGGAGACGAAACUCAAAAAUUUGCGGUUGGAGAUCAAGGACCUGCAAAAAGAAUUCGAUCACACAGAAGAAAGCAUCAAGGCGUUACAAAGCGUCGGCCAGAUCAUCGGCGAAGUGCUGAAGCAGUUGGACGAUGAGCGAUUCAUUGUCAAGGCCUCGUCCGGGCCGCGCUACGUGGUCGGAUGCCGGUCCAAGGUGGACAAGGCCAAGAUGAAGCAAGGAACGCGCGUGGCGCUCGACAUGACGACGCUCACCAUCAUGCGCAUGUUGCCGCGCGAGGUCGACCCGCUCGUCUACAACAUGUCGCUGGAGGACCCGGGGCAGGUCAGCUUCGCCGGCAUCGGCGGGCUCAAUGACCAGAUCCGCGAGCUCAGGGAGGUGAUCGAGCUGCCACUCAAGAACCCAGAGUUGUUCCUGCGUGUCGGCAUCAAACCGCCGAAGGGCGUGCUUCUCUACGGGCCGCCAGGCACAGGAAAGACGCUCCUGGCCAGGGCGGUGGCGAGCAGUCUGGAGACCAACUUCCUGAAGGUCGUCUCCUCAGCCAUCGUCGACAAGUACAUCGGCGAAUCCGCCCGCCUGAUCCGCGAAAUGUUCGGGUACGCCAAGGAGCACGAGCCGUGCAUCAUCUUCAUGGACGAGAUUGACGCCAUUGGCGGGCGGCGGUUCAGCGAGGGCACGAGCGCGGACCGCGAGAUCCAGCGCACGCUUAUGGAGUUGCUCAACCAGCUCGAUGGCUUCGACUACCUGGGCAAGACCAAGAUUAUCAUGGCGACCAACCGGCCCGACACGCUCGACCCGGCGCUGCUGCGCGCCGGCCGGCUCGACCGCAAGAUCGAGAUCCCGCUGCCCAACGAAGUCGGCCGGCUCGAGAUCCUCAAGAUCCAUGCUGCUGGCGUGGCCAAGGAGGGCGAGAUUGAUUUUGAGAGUGUCGUCAAGAUGAGCGAUGGACUGAACGGCGCUGAUUUGCGGAACGUGGUGACCGAGGCGGGCCUCUUUGCCAUCAAGGACAACAGAGACGCCAUCAACCAAGACGACUUCAACAAAGCGGUGCGCAAGCUGGUUGAGGCGAAGAAGCUGGAGGGCAAGCUGGAAUAUCAGAAGUUGUAA